AUGCGAGGUUCGCAAACCAUCUUCGUUCUCGGGGCACCGCUUCUAACUACUGUUAAUGCCGAGUCUCUUCCAGCUGGAGUAGCCCGCGAUAUCUCAGAGUUCAGAGACAAACAUCCCUACGCUCCACCUAAGCAUAAACAUCGUGAAAUCGUCCGGAUUCGUGCAUCCAAGAAUGACACAGACGAUGUGUCGGAUGAGUUCAAGAUGGGCGUACGGAAAGCCAAUGGCGGAGGCACGUUGCAUCUAACCAAGGGAAAGACAUAUAUCAUUGGUAAAGCUCUAGACUUGACCGGGCUUGAGGACAUUCACAUCCAUCUCGAGGGUGAGAUCAGAUUUACGGAUGAUGUUGAGUACUGGCAAGAGAAUGCCUUGUACCAUCCCUUUCAGAAAUCGAUCAUGUUUGGAAGUGGGGAGGAAAAGACAUUAAAAUUUACGGCAAUGGUACAACGGUGGUGGAAUGAGUUCGAAUCUGGAACUGGCUCCAUUCUGAUCCCAAACAACAAAUAUUACCGCCCAAUCCUCUUCUACGCCGAGAACACGACUAACCUCGAUGUCUCGGGUAUCCAUUCAAAGACUCGCCUUGCUGGAACAACUUCAUCUAUUAUCCCCAAGAACACGGAUUUCAUGAAUACCAUGAACACCUCAACUUUUAGGAUAGAGAGGACCUGGGUGAACAUCGAUGACGUCUGUUUCUCACCGAAGCCGAAUAGCUCAGAUCUUUAUGUUAAUACCAUGUAUUGCAACGGCACGCAUGGACAGUCUAUGGGCUCUCUGGGACAGUACAGGGGCGAGGUCUCUAACGUCUACGAUGUGCACAUUGAGAAUGUUUGGAUGAUGAAUGGGGACUACUCGGCAGCUCGUAUCAAAGUUUGGGCUGGCGAGGAAACCGGCACAGGAUUCGUGAACAACGUAACCUUCAAAAACUUCUGGGUCGCGCGCAUGGACUACGGCAUCUUCCUCGACUCAUGCUACUUCAACAUCUCCUCCGAAGAAUGCAACGCUCACCCAUCGGAUAUGAAAAGUCACCAACAUAAAUUUCGAGAACUUUACUGGGAUGCUGUUUGUGCAAACAUCACUGUCAAAGACUUCGAUGUCCGGACGCCAUGCGGGAAAGAGCCUGUCAUUAUUUGUGAUGGGAUGGACGGUGAUAUUGGCGUUGAUUGUGUGCCGUAUGAUAGUGAUGAGGCUAAAGCGGCACUGAAGGCAAAGUGUACGACUCCGAUGGCAGCGAUUGAUACAGAUCCGUGGGGCAAUGGACUCAUUGAGAAGAAGAAAGGAGCCUUUCAUCCACAGUAG